AUGAAGGUUCUGCUGAGCUUGGCUGUCUUCGUGUCCGUGAUCGGACGGUGCACGGCGAAGGAUGGACUGCCAACUGCUGCUGGAGCUCCGCAAUCGCCUUCAAUGUCACUGCGUGAAUUGCUGAACGCCUAUCAAAGAUUAUACGAGCGACAGUUCCACGAACCUUUGCCAGAGAGUCAGAAGGCGUUGCUGGCCGCUCUACCAAGAUUCAAUGCUGCUUCAACUCUCAAAGCGCAACGAUCCAGUGAAUUGUCGAAAGCCUUCCAGCAAGAUGGUGAUUCUAAGACAUUGGAGGGAAAGGAAGUGUCAACGGCACAAGUGCAGAAGAGGGAGAUAACAACAAAAGCAUCCCCAAUGACUCCGAUGGGCACCACUCCGGAGAAGAUGGAACAAUCAUCUAGCCCUUCAUUAAGUACGUUGACAUCUAUGGGGUCAACGUCGCAGACUGAUGCGACUGCAACCGCAAAACCUAUUGUAGCUCCAGUCCAAGGACGAAAACUUGCAGACCUACAUCCUGAGAUGAAACAGAUGAUGGAAGGCAAGAUGAAACCAACCGCCCUCAAAGAAGUUAUGGCUUCACCUAUGAUAACAGAAAUGCCUGCGAGAACUAUUCCAACACAAACUCAAGAGAACCCAGCGGAACAGCAGCCUUCCGUCUCAUCGAAGCCAUUCAUGACGACAAAUGAAAACCCCAUGACUCCAGUGUCAAAGGCAGAAGCUGGUACCACUCAAGCACAAGAUACAGAGGUAACCAUGAAGGCAAGACCAAAUCUUGCAAGCCCAGCUCCUCAACCAGCCGCGAACAGUAUUCCAUUGACAAAAGCAAAUAUGAGAGCAGAGACGAAGCCUAGACUGCCACCAGCAAAAACGAGCAAGGCGGAUUUGCAACAGAAGGCGCGCAAAGUUGCACCUGCAAGGAAGAACGCUCCCGUCGCCAAACCACGGAACAUGAAACCCUUACCGAGACAACUUCAGCGACAACAGCCGAAUUUGAAGGUGUUGAACCACGUAGUGGUGCCGAGGACGCAAGCCACUCAUGCAAGAGGACCUGCUGCUAGAAAAGCGCAGGUGGAGAGAGGCAGAAAUGUGCAACUGAGGAGACCGCAGCCCCUAAGAAGAGCUUCUGCACCUUCUGUGCGACAAUUGCCGAGUGCGGCCGUAGAAGGAGCUCAACAACAGAAAGCGGCGGCUAGAGGAAGCAGCUUGAUUGUGAUCCGUGAUGGGCGGAUAAUGGAACUUACGGAGCAGCAGCAAAGAGAUCUCAACAUGAUCCUUAGCGCAAUGGGAGCUUCGGGAAAAGAAGCGUCAAGCCGCAGAAGGGCACCGCCUCGUAGAGGAAGGAUCACACCUUCUCGACAGCAAUUAGGCCACGUUGUACAACUUUAA